AUGUCGGACCUCAGCUACAAUAUCUUGGGCGUCGUGACUGGUAUACUCGGGCUACUGGGGCUUAUACCUGUUGCUUGGAUUUAUACCCAACUCCCGUCGCGAAAACUCCACGCACUAGAGCGUCUCGUGGAGGAGACCGACGCACUUUUUCGCAAGGGGCUCGAAGACGGUCUCCACACUGGUGAGGUCGACCUGUUUGAAUAUCACUCCGGCAUGUUGGAUGCGAAUAUCUCACUUGACGACUUGCGAAACUCACUGGGCAGUCUCAAAUCUUGGCGCGCCGACCUGAAGGCUUGGUGGCGCGGCCUAUCGAGGGCGAUUGCGCACAUUCACAGAGAUGUGAACGAGCUACGCCUUCAGCUCAUCGACAUCAGCGCUAGAAGCCGCCGGAGACUGGCCGCAGAAGGAUACGCAAACGCAUUGGCUAGAUACUCUGGUGCGCUUAGCGAAGAACGUCGGUCAAGCAUCCUGUCUCUCGCCGCACGGAGCAGACUCUCCACGUCAUCCGUGUGCGGCUACUCACAGGUUGGCGGGGUCCAGUCGGACUGCGCCGCAUCAUACGCCCCCCCUCGUCGCACGGACUCCCCUCUUCCAAUGCCCGGUCACGAUGCCUCGUUUCCACCUCCUCCAAGUACCAAUAUGCAUACCAGAGAUCCUGGACCUCUGCAUGAGGACGCAGACCACGUCGCCACCUCAGACGCAGCUCUCCAUCCUUUACCCUCAGCCACCCUGAACGCUGCUGAAAGGCGGGGCGAAGAUUGGGACCCGACGCGUGGGGAUCCUGCGUCCCCCUUCGUUUCUGACGCCGAUCUGAAGCAUCUUCUGGCGCUAGCUCUGACUUCCUCGUGCUGCCGUCGUGAGAAGGGGAACCGCCACCGUGCGAUACGGCGCGACGUCCUACUACGCUGUGGCAAACAUCUCUUCGGUUCCGUCAACUCCUUCGAUGACCUCGAUAUCCCGUCGCAUGCGCGACAUUCUAAACGCGCUCGUCUCAAGAUGGCGAGGGGCCGCAUACGGGAAAGCCAGGGACUAUCCUCGCGGGGGAUGGGCGAGGCUGUCAGACCGGCCGAUGCGGACGACGAGUCGCUCGUGGUGGGGAUCGCGCAGGACGACGAGCGCGAUGCUGCGGAAUGGCAAGAUGAAUGAAGGUGCGACUAUUCCCUCUAUGAUGUUCUCGGACGCGGGACCGCGGGGAGCCGUCCUCUUGCCUCUUCUUAUCCUCUAUGAACAUGCUUCUUCGCAAGCCGUCGCCGUUUAAAUUCUCCCUAUGCACUCCAUUUCGCUUCUCGUUGAUAUCUCGUAUGUCAUUCGCCGGAUCCCCUCUUGUUUCCAAAAGUGUAUCAUACUCGCUGCAUGCUUGAUGCUCUGCGAUUUCC